UGUCCGUUAGUGGGGACACCGGUGCGCCGGUGGGGUAAUAAUUGCCCUGACGUUGGGUGCGUCGUCAUUUAGCACGCAGGCUAACGCGUCCGUCGAGCUGUAGCACUGUACAUCUUCUUGAAGUCUCACGCUCCUAGGGGCGCAAAGGUGGAGCAGACGCCAUGGCUUCAGCAGAAACAGAGAAAUCCAGCAUGUCUACUUUGGUGGCGGAAAGCAACGGAUCUGUGUGCUCGGCAGUAUCGUGGGGCAUUUCUAAUUACCCUGAUUCGGCUGUUUUUGGCAUCGAUCCGGAGAGGCUGAGCGUCCUGCGAGAGGUUACCGAGGACGACCCCAGCGGCAGAUUUGCGGAUUUGUUGGAUUCUGUCGACGUUAUGACAGAAACAGACAUCGCGGAUCUAGAUGGGAAUAGGGCUUCGAGGAUGGAGAAUAGAUAUGUGGCCCUUGAUGACAAAGUUGGGUGGGUUACAAGGAACAGGAAGGUAGCAAUGCCAGACGAGAGAGCAACAAGUGCUGAGAGGGUGAUAGCCCUAGAAACAGCGCUCACGGGAUUUGCUGAAAGGAAAACAGACACCGUAGUGACACCAUCAGUUGGACUGACGUUCGACUCUAUAAUAGAGGCCUACGAUUUUUACAAUCUUUAUUCCUGGGAGACAGGUUUUGGCAUUAGAUAUGCAAAGAGCAGAACCAAUGUAAAAGGCACGAGGUGCAUGCAGGAGUUCGUGUGCUGCUGCUCGGGCAAGCCAAAAGAGCCAAAUUCAACAUCAUCACGGUGUCAAUGCCAGGCCAUGAUAAGACUUUUGCGGACAGACGACGAUGGAUGGUACAUCAACGAAUUCAGGUCAAGCCACAAUCACCAGAUGUUAAACACAUGUGCUGAAAAGCUCCAUUUCCCUUCACAUAGGCAUAUCGACAAAUAUACCAGAGAGCUAGUAUCACAGCUUAGAGAGAACAAUGUGAACCUGAGCAAAGUUUACAGUACUCUUGCAACUUUUUUUGGGAGGGUCGAAAAUGUGCCGUUCACCAAAAGGUGCCUCAGGACAUUAUGUGGGAAGCUGAGCAGGGAGCAGGCCGAUGACGAUGUACGGAAGACGAUGGCAAUUUUUUCAGAGAUGAAGGUCCAAGACAGCGAGUUCAGUUACAAUGUGCAGGUAGAUGAUGAAAGUAGAAUACGUACUCUCAUGUGGACGAAUGGACGUAGCAAAAAACAAUACCACCAUUUUGGCGAUGUGGUGACGUUCGACACCACAUACAAGACUAAUCUAUACGAUAUGCCAUUCGGUAUUUUUGUUGGCGUGAACAACCACUUUCAAAGUGUGCUGUAUGCUGGUGUGCUCAUGCGAGAUGAGACGGUCGACACUUUCAAAUGGAUUUUUGAUGAGUUUGUGAAGAUGAUGGGAGGGAAAAGACCAAUUACCAUUUUAACAGACCAAGCGAGGGCGAUGGAAGUCGCUAUUGAGGACGUAUAUCCGGAUGCAACACAGAGAUGGUGCAAGUGGCACAUCCUGAAGAAGGCCAAAGAGAGCCUGGGGUCUAAUUACACCAAGAAAUCUGAUUUCAGGGCAGAAUUCCACAAAUUGGUUCACGAAAUGCUGACUAUAGAGGAGUUUGAGGACAGGUGGGCAGCGUUGCUUGAGAAGUAUUCACUGACUAAGAACACGCACCUGACGCAAAUUUACGAGACAAGGCAGAAAUGGGCCAAGCCAUACUUUGCAGGAAAAUUCUGCGCAAGGCAAACCAGCACUGGGAGGAGUGAGAGCGCCAAUCACAUGUUGAAACAGUAUGUGCCACCUUCUUGCUCAAUGAAUCUGUUUGUCAAGCAGUACAACAAGCUACAGUUUGACCGUGAACAAGAAGAGGGGUUCCAGGAAAAACGAACCAGGCUGAGUGGAGCUGUCUUGAAGGUCAACACCCCACUAGAAAUGCACGCUAGCAAGGUGUACACCAGGAAGAUGUUCGAGAUUUUCGGGGGGAUAUUGUACGAAUCCGGAAGCUAUGAUGUAGAAGAGAUCAUACCAAAACAGAAAUACAUAGUGACACACGUGAAGGCUGAAAAGCGAGAGAAAUGGUUCAAAUGCCGCUACGAGGUCAAUGUGUCUGAUAAUUUGGGGUAUUUCUCCUGCAUAUGCGGCCUGUUCGAGCACAUGGGGAUGGUUUGCUGUCACUCGCUGCAGGUCAUGAAUGUGCUCCGGCUUAAGGAGAUUCCACCCAGACACAUCCUGAAGAGAUGGAGCAUACACGGGAGAGACAAUCUGCCAGAUCAUCUAAAACAUUACCAACAGGACAUGGGGCCGCCGGACGCACCCACUUAUAGACAUUCUGCUUUGUACAUCACUGCUCUGGAAGUGGUUAAAAUGGGUGAUAGAAACCUAGAAUCAUACAAAUUCAUGUUGGAUGGAUUGGUGGAUCUGAGGGAGAGAGGAGCAGAAAUUAGCGCACCAAAUGAUGGCCUAGGCAUUGCGGAGCAGCAGGUUUCGAACACCGGAGUUGCGGGUGGUUCGAACGGGAAAACUAAAUCUUGUAAGGCGGCGUGCUCUGUAAGGAGUGUAGAAGGGAAUCACUUGUCCGCCGGAGGAGCAACAUCGGUGUCGGUUCAUCCACCUGCAAGCCAGGGUGAGGGGGGGACAAAAUCCCAAGACAUGGCAUCAGAAGGAUCUUGUCCCAAUGCAAAUAGCUACAAUUCAGACUAUUCUGAAACUGCAUCAAGGCUGGAUGUCAAUGUGGGCGAUAGUAUGCUUGCGCCGGAAAGGGAGAAGAAACGUGGCAGGCCAACGACAAGCAGGGACAAGGCUCCGUAUGAGAAGGGGAGCAACAAAAGAUCAAGGUUUUGUUCUAUUUGCAGGGGCAAAGGACACAAGUCAAGCACCUGCCCUGACCGUGGUGACGCCCCUAAAAAGGAAAGGAAAGUGGGCACAUGCAGCAAGUGUGGGUUGCCUAAAAAGGAAAGGAAAGUGGGCACAUGCAGCAAGUGUGGGUUGCCUGGGCAUAGGAAAACUACGUGCAGCAAGCCACUGGUGUCCUCGAUGCCUGGCGUUCCUCCAGCUCAUUCGUUUCCAGGAACGUUUGUCUGAACUUGUGGCAUGUAUUUGGCUGUUGUCUUGCCUGGGCAUAGGAAAACUACGUGCAGUAAGCCACUGGUGUACUCGAUGCCUGGCGUUCCUCUGUCUAAUUAGUUUGCAUGAACGUUUGUCUAAACUUGUGUCAUGUAUUUGGCUGUUGCCUUAAUAAAUGUUUUCGAACUGU